CCGUGCGGAAAUUUUUCAGUUGGGGUUUUGCAGCCACACGGGACGAACGCUUACAAUCUCUGGAGGGAUCAAGUGUGUGUGUGUAUGCCACGACGGCUACUACUGCUACCGCUGUUGUGCGUGAUGCGCUCGGGAAUAGCUGCUAGUUCUAACCGAAUCCUUCGCCUCGCCGGGUGCUGUGCUGCGUGCGGUGGUUUUCGAUCCGUCCCACAUGCGUAGCUGCUACCGUUCGGUGCCUGGGGCUACGCUCGCCGCUCAACGAGUCUAGGGACGGUCUUCAAAUCUCCAGAGUGUAUUCUCGCGGGUCACUUGACUUGACUGGCAGUCUCACGGUAGACUACGGUACGGUGUUGAUGAUAUCGAUAACUAAUUGAACGGAUUCUGCCUGUCUGUGGUUGGAUGUGGUUAACCACGAGCUGGAGUAGGUUUUUUUUCCCGUGCAAUUAAAGUGUUUGUGUUUGUGCGUUAGUGUUAACCGAUCGAAGUAGUCUGCGAAGUGUGAAGAAGUGUAGCCAAGAGUGUGUGAGAUUCUGUGCAGUGCAGUUAAAGUGUGUCCUCUAGUGUGUGCUUCGAAUGCGUGGUGAAUAGUGAUUAGUAGCUUCUUGGAACAAAUUCAACAGCCCAACGAAACCCUGUUGGUUGGCCAAUCCGGCUGCCAGAGUGUAGCUCACCAAACGGGAGAAAAAUUGUGGUCCACGGUGUACGAUAACGGUUUAAAGCUGCGUUCGGACGAGACCGUGCCGGGCUUUAGCUCGGCCUCGCCCUGGCCCACACUCGAGCUAGAAUGGGGCCGAAAGCUGUAUCCGUCCUCGGUACCGCGCGGUGCCGGUGGCAUGAUGUUCGGUCUGCCACCGUCCGGGGCGGACAUGAAUCAACCCCGCGGUCCCAUGACUUCGCUCAAGGAGGAACCGCUCGGCGCACGGGCCUGGAUGCAGCCGGCCGUCGAUCAGGCAAACUUGGGCAUCGGACGGGCGCACUUCGAGAAGCAGCCGCCAAGCAAUCUGCGAAAGUCCAACUUCUUCCACUUCGUGGUCGCCCUGUACGAUCGGGCCGGUCAGCCCAUCGAAAUCGAGCGGACCGCUUUCAUCGGCUUCAUCGAGAAGGAUCAGGAACCGGACGGUCAGAAGACGAACAACGGCAUCCAGUACCGGUUGCAGCUGCUGUACGCUAAUGGUGCCCGCCAGGAACAGGAUAUCUUCGUGCGACUGAUCGACUCGGUAACGAAACAGGCGAUCGUGUACGAAGGACAGGACAAGAAUCCGGAGAUGUGCCGAGUACUGCUGACGCACGAAGUCAUGUGCAGUCGAUGCUGUGACAAGAAAAGCUGUGGCAAUCGCAACGAAACACCGUCAGAUCCUGUGAUUAUCGAUCGAUUUUUCCUUAAGUUUUUCCUCAAGUGCAACCAAAACUGUCUGAAGAAUGCGGGCAACCCGCGGGACAUGCGACGAUUUCAACAGGUAGUGAUAGCGACCCAGGUGGCCGUGGACGGGCCGCUGCUGGCCAUCUCGGACAACAUGUUCGUCCACAACAACAGCAAGCACGGGCGCCGGGCGAAGCGGCUCGAUCCCGAAGGUACAGCCAAUUCUCCGUUGGCAAUGUCGGGCCACCAUCUGGCCCCGGACAGUACGUACGACGGCAUCUAUCCACCACUUCCAAUGGCUACACCGUGCAUUAAGGCCAUCUCACCGAGCGAAGGCUGGACUACGGGUGGAGCUCAGGUCAUUAUCGUUGGUGAUAAUUUCUUCGACGGGCUACAAGUUGUCUUCGGCACCAUGCUCGUGUGGAGUGAGCUCAUCACUUCGCAUGCGAUUCGUGUCCAAACGCCACCCCGACACAUACCCGGUGUCGUGGAGGUAACACUCUCGUAUAAGAGCAAACAGUUCUGCAAAGGAUCACCGGGACGAUUCGUUUAUGUCUCACUGAGUGAACCGACGAUCGAUUACGGCUUUCAACGACUGCAGAAGUUGAUUCCGCGCCAUCCCGGUGAUCCGGAGAAGCUUCCGAAGGAGAUCAUUCUAAAGCGAGCGGCCGACCUGGCGGAAGCACUCUACUCGAUGCCACGCUCACCGAACGGGACGUCCGGAUUCAACUCGUACAGUGGGCAGCUUGCCGUCAGUGUGCAGGAUGGAACUGGCCAGUGGACUGAAGAUGAGUAUACAAGAGCCCAAAGCAGUAGCGUAAGUCCACGGGGUGGAUACUGUAGCAGCGCUUCGACACCCCACUCGUCCGGCGGUGGAUCUUACGGCAGUAGCAAUGGGUACGCCACCGCACCCAACAUGACCGGCCUCUCAUCAUCACCUGCGAGCGUCUUCAACUCAUCCACAAGAAUUAAUGGACUGAUGAGUGGUGGCAGUGGCUUCAGCCCGUACUCGAUGACGACCUGCGCCUCCCAGGGCUACACGCCGAGCCCGUUGGCCGCGACGACCACGUCGAAAUGAGCGCUCAGCCCGGUGGCGGUGGAAUCCUGUUAAAUAGUGUAUUCUUGUUUUGUUUCUUCUGAAGAUUAGUUUGUACAAAGCGAAACAGCAAGGGAAGCCUUUUCAUUCGUUUUGCGUGUGUGUCUGUUUCUUAGUACAGCAUCCUCUACUAAGAAGCGGGAGGUUUAUGAACACGAGUCGAGUACGCGACAGCGAGAGUACUAAAACUACUAGCACUAUUAUUAAGCAAUUUAUUUCCUACACAUCAUAAACGCCCAUAUAUUUUUUUCGUUAAUGUGCAAUAACAUAUACAAACACACAUAUUUACAAGGCCAACAUUAAAAAAAAACUUUAAACCAAAACGACAACAACAAUGGCGGUAGUGUAGCGAAAUGCGCUAAGGCUCCUUGCUCUUUGGCUCUCUCACUCUCUAUACAUGUGUACAGUUGUGUAAAGUAUGUUUAUUCAUCUUCACAGUCAUAAUGUUUUUUUUUUCCUUUUUUUUUUGCUGUUCGGCAAGGGUUGCCAUGGAGAGUUUGAGGCAAACGUGCAUACUAUACAUAUAUAAAUACUUAAAGUAGUUAAUUUUUUGCCAAAAACAAAUCGAAAGAGAAAGAGGACGAACCAAAAUGAAAGUAAAACAUCGAGACUUAAACCCCCUCCCCCUUCCCCCUUUAACGACUAAUCUUAUAUACACUAAACUACUAAUCGAAUCUGACAGUUCGUUACAGAGUGCAACGAAAAUAAAGGGAGGACAGGUGGCAUAAUUUAUCCAAAUUCGCGGACAGUAGGUUGAAUGGAAGAGGUUAGGACACCAGCAGUUACUCUAAUAGCUAAAGAAGGACAGGGUCAGACAGUCAGUCAGUCAGUGCGUGCUGAAUCGAAACGAAUCAAAAAAACCAAUCGAGUACAUAUCGAAAUCGAACGUAGUGGGUUUGUAAUUGGCCGGUGUUGAAUCCGCCGGAAGCAGAUUCAAUCGCAACAAUCAUAUCUUUAUGAAGUAAUCAUUUAAAGCAAAGUAAAAUUAAACAAAACACAUUUUAAAGUGCAGCCAAAAUUUACCAGCCCUUAAAAUCUAAAUGUUUGUACACGUGAAAAGGAAAGUCACGCACUAACACACUCACACACACAUGAACCUACACUCUCACACAAUAUUACGAGACAGCAACAAAAAAAUAAUAAUCACAUAAAACGCUAGUAAAUAUGUGUGAUCGGAUUGUUCGAUUGCUAACGCUGGCAGAGGCAGAACACAUUUAUCGGGGCAGAAGCGAGCUAAGAACGUAGACAGUAUACGAGCUCGCAACCCGAUUCGGCGGUAGAGUGUCCUGGGAGGAAAACUAAAAACCAAAAAAAAACACAAGGCACUAACUAAAAUCAAAUCAACGCAUUUCGUUUCAAUCGUCAGAGGUGAAUAUAAAAUAAUUUAAAACAAGGGGAAAUAUGAGGUAGUUUUUGAGGAAAAGAAAGUCUACACGAGACAAGUGGUGGUUGGUUGCCCACCCCUGGUUGGACGGUUGGUGGCGGCGCAUAGGCAAUGAACGCGUUAGGUGUCAGGAAGCAACAUUUCGCAUGUAGGUAAUUUAUCAAUUAUGGAGACCGAUUUUCUUUGCAGGAAAAAAGUUAUAUCAUAUAAAUAAAGCUAGAAAACCUUCAACUAAA